AUGGCGAGCGUCAAUGCAGAUUACGCGUUCUCGAUCGAGUCGUUCAUGCACUCCUACCGCCAGGACAUCCAUCCUUCAAAGCAUGGUGCCCUGAAGGUCGCAGAGGCAUGUGGCACGGCUCUCAGACAGGCACAAAUACUGCACGAGAUAUCGCACAACACCAUUCCGAACGCUAGGUUGGAGGAAGAGUUGAAGCUACGCGAGAAAUUCCGAGGCAAGCCGUAUGCGAAGAAAGGCGAAAUUGAGACAGAUAUCGUUGACUUGGCCACUGUGUUCAUCCAUGUGCACCUGCCUCGAGACAAGAGCCGCGUUAGAAGAAUUCUCAGAGAGACGUUUAAAGUACAGUCUGAACCUACCGGGGCGAUAGACGAUGUGGGCACCGAACCAGAGCUAACCAAUAUGGACGCGGAGUACUACUGGGUCUCGUUGGGGGAGGAAGUGUGGCCUCCAAGAAACGUUAUGAUCCAAGUCGAAACAGACCCAGGCGACAGGUGUCUGGAGACACAGCUUGAAAUGAACACAUUUCUGCACAAGUGGGCGGCCAUCCAGGGCCGAGAGAUGGGCCAAGGGGCGGAUUGCGGCGACGUUCUACCGCUGUGGGAGCUGACGCGCCUCCUGAAUUUGCGUUAUGUCAAUGAUUUCAGGAAUUUCCUGGCAAGCCUUGAUUUUUCAGCGGGUCCCGAGAGCGCUUUCGCGCUCCGGGCUGGUGAAUUUGCGCCCGGGCUCGAGCUCAGCCUCGCUAUGUUCGUAGCCGAUUCCCUGAUCCGCUCGGCACAGGGGAAGGAGAUGAUCCAGAAAACGAUUGAAUUCUGGAGAAGCAGACCCGAAGCAGAGCAGCAAAGGGAGAAGACGAGGAUCGUUAGGGAUUCAUUCAUCUGGCUUGUUCGUCUGUAUUCGUGGGGGAACGGCGCGGCCGACAUGCUCUGCGACAGCCUGAACAAGCAGAUGCAGGGUCGGUACCAAAGGGCAAUCGCCUGGCUAGGAAAGCCAGCAACAAGAAGCUUCUACUAUGGAUCUGUGGCGGUGCUCGCCGAGAACGAGGCCAACGAGCUCGAGAAGCUGUGGCGCUUGUUUGAGGGGCACCACCGGUUGCCAAUUCAAUACAUCUUCAACCUUGCGAGGCUCGGCGUCAAGGGCCAUCCUGAGCCUUGCUGGGAUGGAUUCUACGAUGCCGUAGCAGACCUGGAUCUCCUCCCAAACUGCCUUGAUGACCCGGACUACCAGAGACGGCGGUAG